CUAAGAAAACUGUUUUUGAAUUAAUAUUACUUUCACGACGGCAUUGUAUUAAUAUCCAGAAUAAUUUUUGAACUACCGAACAGUAACAGUUAAACUACGUCACACACAUGCACCCUUAUUCCAAGAUGGCAGCCCCCAGUGCGUAUGGAAUUCCUAGAUUACCAGGAUUUGUAUUCACUGAGAAACUCGGCAGUGGUACCUAUGCUACAGUUUACAAGGCAUAUCGAAAGAGUCAACAAAGGGAAGUGGUGGCAAUCAAAUGUGUAUCCAAGAAGAGCCUCAACAAAAUAUCAACAGAAAAUCUACUCCAAGAGAUUGAAAUCCUGAAGAAGAUUAAACAUGAAUACAUCGUGGAACUCAAGGAUUUCCAGUGGGAUCAGCAUUACAUCUACUUGAUAAUGGAGUUCUGCAGCGGAGGAGACCUGUCCCAGACCAUCCAUAAAAGAAUAGCUCUUCCAGAGGCUACUGUCAAAAGAUUUCUCAGACAGCUAGCCAGUGCCCUCCAGUUCCUUAACUCAAGAAGCAUCACACACAUGGACCUCAAACCUCAGAACCUUCUCUUAUCAAAUUCUUACAACCCAGUACUAAAGAUGGCAGAUUUUGGUUUUGCUCAGCACAUCACAGAGGACGUACAGACAGACAUGCUGCGUGGAUCACCCCUCUAUAUGGCCCCUGAGAUCAUAACAGACAGGAUUUACAAUGCAAAGGCCGACCUCUGGUCAGUCGGGGUCAUAAUGUUUGAAUGUCUUUUCGGUGGUCCACCCCUUGCUUCAAGUUCCUAUGCCCAGCUAGCUGAAAAGAUUAGAAGUCCUAAACCUAUUGAGAUUCCUAUGUUCGUUGAAACGUCUGAUUGCUGUAGAGAUCUCCUAUCAAGACUUCUGAAAAGAGAUCCAGGAGAGAGGAUAGACUUUGAUGAAUUCUUCCACCAUCCCUUCAUCGAUCUGGAACACAUGCCAUGCCAAGAUUCCCUUGAUAAAGCUAGAACAAAUGUAAUGGAUGCUGUGAAAUCUGAUCAGAAAGGAGAAUGGAAAGAAGCAAUCAGGCUUUAUCUCAAAGCCAUGGAGUAUUUCAUCCCUGCUGUCCAAUAUGAGCAAGAUCCCACCAAGAAAGAAGCUUUAAGAACGAAAGCCAGUGAGUACAUGAGGAGAGCCGAAGAGUUGAAGGGAUUAUUAAAACCAAAGAAGACAUCUUUGAACGACUCCAUCCAGAGUGACGCUGAGCAAGCAUGCAGUUCUUCCACCGAAUCGGGACCAGUGUAUGAUAUCCAUCUGUUAGAUAAAAUGGCUAAUGGUAACCCAGAAAUGAAAGUUGCUGUGAAACUUGUCAAAGAUGCAAUAAGAGAGGACAUCGGUGAAGAAUAUCAGAUUGCACUUGACCUCUAUGAACAAGCUCUCGCUCACCUAAUGCCAUUAUUACAAGUGGAACAAAAGGGAAAACGGAGAGAUCUACUGUUGAAGGAGACAGAGAAAUGCAUGAGCAGAGCCGAGGAUUUAAAGCAGUAUAUUGAGAUUGAAAAGAUGAAACCGAUGAGACAAUCUUCAUUGGACAGACACAUACAAGGCAAUGACCAUAGCAAGGAAUGUAAGUCAUUCAAUUAUUUCAGUUUCAUUCCAUUUGAUCCCCAUACCCUCUUCAGGUUUGAUAACAUCAUUAGUGACUUGCCACCCUGA